CGAGCCUAGGCCCCACCCCCCUCGCCUGCGCAUUGGGUCCCAGGCGGGCUUGGCCGUCGCCUGCUUACUUGCCAUUCUCCUGUGGCUGCGCGCAGGACACUGGGUUUCCAGGGAGCCGCCCCAGAGCUUAAUGAUUGCCCAGACGGUGGCUAUAAAGGGAGCAGGGGAGCCCAGCACUGGAGACAAGACUGGAAAGCCCAGACUCAGCAGUUUAGGUGUGUUGACAGAGAACCGGCAGGCAGGCUUGUGGUGCUCGGAGCAGCUGGAGUCCCAGAGGGCAGGGCAGGGCUCCCUGCUCCCUCCCAGUGGACAUCAUGGUCACCCGGAGCUAUGGGUAUUACCGAACGGUGAUUUUCACUGCCAUGUUUGGGGGCUACAGCCUCUAUUACUUCAACCGGAAGACCUUCUCCUUUGUCAUGCCUUCACUGGUGGAAGAGAUCUCGCUAGACAAGGAUGACUUGGGACUCAUCACCAGCAGCCAGUCAGCGGCCUAUGCCAUCAGCAAGUUUGUGAGUGGGGUGCUGUCUGACCAGAUGAGUGCCCGAUGGCUCUUCUCAUCCGGGCUGCUGCUGGUUGGGCUGGUCAAUGUGGCCUUCUCCUGGAGCUCUACGGUCUCUGUCUUUGCUGUCCUGUGGUUCCUUAAUGGGCUGGCCCAAGGGUUGGGCUGGCCCCCUUGUGGGAAGGUGCUGCGGAAGUGGUUCGAGCCAUCCCAGUUUGGGACCUGGUGGGCCAUCCUGUCAACCAGCAUGAACCUAGCUGGAGGGCUGGGCCCCAUCAUGGUGACCCUCCUGGCACAGAACUACAGCUGGCGUAGCACCCUGGCAUUUUCGGGGGCACUGUGCGUGGUCGUCUCCUUCCUCUGCCUCCUCUUCAUCCAAAAUGAGCCAGCAGAUGUUGGGCUACAAAACCUCGAUCCCACCCCCAAAAAGGGCAAGAAGGGUUCCCAGGAGCAUGAGAGUACUCUUCAGGAGCUGCUGCUGUCCCCAUACCUGUGGGUUCUCUCCACUGGCUACCUGGUGGUGUUUGGGGUAAAAACUUGCUGCACCGACUGGGGCCAGUUCUUCCUUAUCCAGGAGAAGGGACAGUCAGCCCUUGUGGGCAGCUCCUAUAUGAGUGCCCUGGAGAUUGGGGGCCUUGUGGGUAGCAUUGCAGCUGGCUACCUCUCAGACCGGUCCAUGGCAAAGGUGGGGCUGUCAGUAUAUGGGAACCCACGCCAUGGAUUGUUGCUCUUCAUGAUGGCUGGGAUGGUUGGGUCCAUGUACCUUUUCCGUGUCACAGUCACUAGUGACUCCCCCAAGGAUGCUGCCUUCUGGACGCCAGCUCUGCACCCUCUGGCUGAGCUCACGGGCUUCACGGAGCAUGAGCUCUGGAUCCUGGUGCUGGGUGCCAUCUUUGGUUUCUCCUCCUACGGUCCCAUUGCGCUGUUUGGGGUCAUUGCCAAUGAGAGUGCCCCUCCCAAUUUGUGUGGCACUUCCCAUGCCAUCGUAGGGCUAAUGGCCAAUGUGGGCGGAUUCCUGGCUGGCCUACCUUUCAGCACCAUCGCCAAGCACUACAGCUGGAGCACUGCUUUCUGGGUAGCAGAAGUGACCUGUGCCAUCAGUACCGUGGCCUUCUUCCUCCUCCGAAACAUCCGAACCAGGAUGGGUCGGCUGCCGAAGAAAGCUGACUGAAGUGGGUCUCUACCUGGCACUGAGCCUCUGGCUUCUCUUUUCUGCCCCUUUGCCCCACGUGGGCAUUGGGGGGAUUAUCAUUAUAGAACAUGGCUCCAGUUCUCAGCGCCCUUUGCCUGUCAAUUUAUUUAAAUUAUAACCUUUGUUCCCAGGCUGUGGCAGUGCUCCAUCCUGUGCCCAAAACAAACAGUUACACAAUCGAGCCUGCGUCAGGGUUAGGCCCUCUGUGCCUGAUCACGUCCCGCUUCUGCUCCUCUCCCUUCGGUAUCCCUGACCAGAAGGUAGAGCAGUUUGGUCAGCCAAGGAGUCUAUCUCCUCCUGACCUCACUCCCACUGUGCAGAGGACCUCCACAGACACCAGCAUCGAGGACUUUCUACUGAAAACCCGAGGAGUCAGUGGGGGAUGGCACAAUGGUGGCACUUCUCCCUUUUACACUCUGUGCAGGAUUGGAGUAGGGAGUAAACUCAAACAUUGUUAAUGCAAAAGAAAAAAAAAACUAGAUUUGAUACUAA